CGAAGGCUGAGACAGGCAAGGUAGGUCGAUGGGCUCUGUUCCUCCAGCAGCAGUACGACUUAAAGUUCAGUUCCAUCCCGGGAGACAACAACUACGUCGACGAUGCCCUGUCUAGGCUCCAGGACGACGAGGACCAUGAUCGGGAUCUCGAUGCUACGCACAUCGGUAAUCGACCGUUUGCAGUCCACUUCGCCGAGGUCAGCCAGAACCUAUUCCAGCUACCGUCACGUAACGAGGUCCUUGUGAAGGACGACGACAUCCCCGUGGAUGAGUUGCAAAACCUCGAGAGAAGACGGCCUAAGAACGGUGCAUAG